UGGGGCUGGGAGUCCAAGUGAGAGAUAUAGAGAAGGAAGGGAAGUGAGCAGGCACAGACCCUGGCAGCCAUCAGAGGUUCAUGCCUUUUUAACAGCAGGAGGCUAGAAGAAAGGAUAAGAGUGGCUCUGGCUGUGAUGGGGCUCUUAUUGGGCCUCCUGCUUCUGGACCACCUAACAGUGGUCACCUACGGCCACCCCAUCCUGGAAGCACCUGAGAGUGUGACAGGACCUUGGAAAGGGGAUGUGAAUAUUCCCUGCACCUAUGGUCCUUUGCAAGGCUACACUCAAGUCUUGGUAAAGUGGAUGGUACAUCAUGGCUUGGAUCCAGUCACCAUCUUCCUACAUGAUUCCUCUGGAGACCAUAUCCAGCAAGCAAAAUACCGGGGUCGCCUGCAAGUGAACCACAAGAUUCCAGGAGAUGUAUCUCUCCAGCUGAAUACCCUGGAGAUGGAUGACCGGAGCCACUACACAUGUGAAGUCACUUGGCAGACCCCUAAUGGCAACCAAGUGGUGAGAGAUAAGAUCAUUGAGCUCCGUGUCCAGAAAUUCUCUGUUUCCAAGCCCACAGUGACGACUGGCAGUGGCUAUGGCUUCACAGUGCCCCAGGGAAUGAGUAUUAGCUUUCAAUGCCAGGCUUGGGGCUCUCCUCCCAUCAAUUAUGCUUGGUACAAGGAACAGACCAACAAUCCAGAACCCAUCAAAGUAGCAGUCUUGAGUACCUUACUCUUCAAGCCUGCCAUGGUGGCUGACUCAGGCUCCUAUUUCUGUACUGCCAAGGCCCGGGUAGGCUCUGAGCAGCGCAGCAACACUGUGAAGUUUGUGGUCGAAGACUCCUCAAAAUCAAUCAAGACUAAGACUGAAACACCUACAACCAUGAAAUAUCCCUUGGAAGCAACAUCUACAAUGAACCUGAUUUGGAACUGGACCACUGAAGUGGAUGGCUAUCUUGGGAAGACCAAUGCUGAGCCAGGAAAGGACCUGCCUAUCUUCUUCAUUGUUCUCAUCAUUUCCCUGUGCUGUAUCGUGGUCUUCAUCAUGGCUUAUGUUAUGCUUUGCCGGAAGACAUCCCAACAAGGUCUUCCAAAGGAACUAGAAGUCACCAAUUUUUUUAAGCAAAGGAGUGACAUUAUGAAGGUGCACUUUUCAGGGAUAUUUAACAACUGUGAGCAAACAGAGCAGGAAAAGAGUUUGGACAUUCAUUUCUAAGUAAAACCUAGCUACACUUCAAUACCUGCUGCACUCACCAUUUUGCUUAACAUUAGUGUCCUUUUUUUUUUUUUUUUUCCUGUAGCAGCUCCUAUUCCUAAGUAGCCUUGUUUCCACCAUGACUUCCUCCAGCCAAAAGGGAGAAAGGAGCCUUAAGAAUUUCCUUCUCCUGGGUCUGAAGUAUAAGCUCUGGUCUUGGCCAGUUAGCAUGGCUAUGACUCAUGAGGUUGAACUUGAAAGUAGAGAUGUCCCAGGUAGCCACAAAUCCCAGGAAUACUAAAAACCAUUAAUCAUGGUCUCAAUGAAACUAGGAAUAAACUGUAACCAUAUUUUAUUGUUUCUCUCUCAAAAACCUUCCAAGGCUUCUCAUGGCUUAGGGGAUAGAAGUCAAAAUGAUGAAUUCUAUUUAAGGCCCUCUCUGAUAUAGCCUAUCUUCUUUAUGCCCACCACUCCUUAUUUUCAUUUUGAAUCACUGAAGUCCAACAGGCAAAUAGACCACACACCUCAUGGCCUUAUGCUUUUCCCCUUCUGGAUUGUCUUCCCAAAGUUUCUAUUAUUUACUUCUCUGUAAGAGAGAGAUAGCCUUGGGCCAUCAAUUCAAUUUAACAUGUAGUUACCGAUUGCCCACUAUCAGUCAGGCAGGGACCAUAUAAAAUGAAAAAGACAACACCUGUGUUAUGGAAGCUACCAGGCCAGUGGGAGAGGUAAGACAUGGAAACAUAUGGCUGUAUCACAAAGUAGAUGGUAUAGGGCAUGCUCUGUUUGCUUUGUUGUGGCUUAAAGCAUGCAUUCCCAGUUGUAUUCCUGUAAGAUUAUAAACUCCGGGAGGCAGUGUCAAGAGACAUCCAUAUUUGUACCAGGUUAUAGAACAUUUAAGCCUGCACAGAAUAGAGAUAGUUCUUCUCCAUAGACACUAGGGGGCAAUGGUGAUCUACUUAAAGACCUUUUCUGGGUGCCCAGUGGAGAUGAGUACAUUUGAGAAUGGCUUUGGUCAUGGUCCCUGACAGAUUAAUUCAACCCCUUCUGCCCGGGCUCUGGCCUGGCCAGCUAGUUUCCACAAAAACUCCCUGGGAUCUUUGGCAACAUUCCUGGGUGGUGAGUGUGUCCAGUUCCAGUGUCCCUUCCCCUACCACAACAGGCAACUCUUCCAGCCCAAUGUUCUGAGUCAGAGUAUGCCAAAGAGGAUCAUAACCAAAUGUGAUUCCUCAACCUUUCUCUGAGAAAUUUGUAUCUCUGUGCUUCAGUUUACCUUCCCAAUACCCCCCAAUUCCCCCUUUCUGUCUCCCCUUCCCUCCCUUUGACUGGUAACCAGUGUCCAUAUUUGGCCCUGUCCACUCCCCAUGGAGACUUCUGACUUGAUGC